AUGGCUUCUGAAUUUGGAGUAAUUGGAUUGGGUGUUAUGGGUGGCGCCUACACCCAGAAUCUCACAUCACGUGGGAUUCGUGUGUCCGCCUUUUCUAUCCAGCAGUCGGAGAUCGACAAAAUGAAGGCAUUAGACAUUAAGAACCUGCAAUUGUACAUGUCCUUGCAAGAAUUCGUUGGAAGCCUGGAACGACCGAGGAAGAUACUCAUGCUAAUAACGGCAGGGAAGGCGGUCGACCAGGUCAUAGAAUCGCUAAUAGGUCUGCUGGAAAAGGAUGAUAUUCUGAUAGAUGGUGGAAACGAAUGGUAUGAGAACACCAUCAGGCGCUUCGGACGUUGCGGGAGCCAUGGUAUACACUAUUGCGCUGUGGGUGUCAGCGGUGGAGAGCGUGGAGCACGCCAAUCGCCAUGUAUCAUGUUCAGUGGAUCUCGUGAUGAUUACGAUGCUGUAAAGCAGUACAUCGAGCAGGAUGGGCGAUCGUUUUACGUCGGUCCCGGUGCCAGCGGACAUUACGUGAAAAUGGUCCACAACGGUAUAGAAUAUGGCAUAAUGCAGAUUUUGUCGGAAGUCUACAUGAUCAUGAGUUGUAUUUUAGAACUGCAAUUUGACACCAUCAGCAAAAUACUGGCCGAGUGGAACGAUGCUGAAGUUGGGUCAUUUUUGUUGAAAAUCACAGCCGAAAUCCUUCAAGUCAAAGAUAACGACGGUGUUACAUAUCUAGUCGACAAAAUUGUCGAUUCUAGUGGUGCCAAUGGUACUGGCAAGUGGACUGUGAAGGAGGCCUUGGACCUCGGAGUACCGGUACCAACGAUCACUGCCGCUGUUGAGAUGCGCCACGCAAGUAAUGCGCACAGAAGCACGCAAAUCAUCCCAAACAGACAAGUGAAGGAAGGUCAUAACAUAUCGGAAGGUGACCUACAGCGCACCCUGCACGUAUGCAUGGUGAUUUGUUUUGCUCAGGGACUGUCUUUGCUUAUGGAAGCAUCCAAUCGGUUCGAUUGGAAGCUAGAUUUGCAGCAAAUAUGCAACAUAUGGAGCAAGGACGCUAUCGUUAGCUGUAAAGUUCUGAGCACGAUGAGCGAUGUUUGUUCGGAAAAUCCACAACUAUUCAACGUGUUGCAACACACAUCCAUAAGGACGAUCAUUGGUGACUCUCUUGAGUCGUGGAGAAAGGUCCACCUACAUGAUCAUAAUACGGGAACAGAGCGCGCUACACGAAUAUUGACCCGUGAAGCUAUAGACGGUGAAAUAACCCGGCUGUGUAAUGUGAUUUUUGGUAGUAUAGGAGGUGGAUUUGUUGCAGAAGCUACUAGCGUUGCUCUAGUCGAUGAACCAGAGUCACUUGUACUUAUACAGACGAGGCGCAAUUUCUUACCGAACGUCAUCUGUGUACUACAGUGUUUGGACCGAUUACAAAAGGCUUCUGUAACCGUUGAAAUCGUACACGUAGGAGGAACUUUGCACCAGUGCAAGAAACUACUAUUCACAAAACUUCUCAGCACGCUCUCACAACUACAGGCUUUGACACUGGCUCAGGCACCACCGAAACAAGUACACACGCAAAAGGCGUUAUCCGCAAUUAACGAGGUCCACAAAUUGAGAAAUUCCACAGCACAAUAG